UGGCCUAUACUUAUAUAGUCAAGAUAUUUGAUUAUGUUGGUGUUGCUUUGUCAAAUUGAGGCGUGUGGUUUUUGUUUCUGCAUAAAUUUUUACUAUUAUACAACUUAGCGACUGGUUACAUUAUAUCAUUCGACUGCAUCCCAUUUUUUGACAUAAUUAAGAAUACAUCUUUUAAGUAAUCAUGGUGGAGGAAAUUCAAAAAAAGCUUCAGAAUGAAGCUGAUACGCUAAGACAAAUCCAGAAAGAAUAUAACAAGGCAUUAAGUCAGAGGCAGCAAUUGGAUGGACAGCUGAACGAGAAUAUUAUGGUGAAGAAGGAGUUGGACGUUUUGAAAGAGGAAAAUGAUGUAUUCAAAUUAAUAGGUCCUGUACUCGUGAAGCAAGAUUUAUAUGAAGCCAAGCAAAACGUCGACAAGCGCAUGAAUUAUAUCAAGUCCGAACUAAAACGUGUGGAUGACAUGAUGUCUACUUUGGACAAGAAGUUGGAUACACAGAGAGAUGUAAUAGAUAAAUUGCAACAAGCGUUUCAGCAAGCUCAAAUUAAAGCAUCCAUAAAUCAGUCAAAAUCAUAAUAUUAUAUAGAUCACAGUUUUGUGGCAUUAUCAUUUGUAUAAUUAAUACCUAAUAAUAAAUACUAAGUGAUAUUGUUCAAUGUACAUAUACAUAUAUGAAAUCUUAUCAUUUGGCAAUAUCAUGUAUUUCUGUUUCAUUUAUUUGUUAUAGGUAAUUAUAAUGUAAAUCUUGGUUAUGUGUUACAAUUAUCAUUCAAGUGUAAUUUAUGUAAAUUAAAAAAUAUAAACUUUCCAAAAUA